GUUUCAUCCGGAAUGAAUGCAGUGCUGUUAGCCCAACAUUUUGAAAAAAAAUUAUGACUCUUUAUUGUUUUCCCAAUGCCUAUAUAUCCAGGCAAGUCCCUCCAACAUUCUAACUACGAACUGACCAAAACCUCCAAAAUUGUUUUCAUUUUCCAUAUCCCAAAAGUCCCAAGAUUGAAAUCAAUGCAAUCAAAAAAUAUAAGAGCAGCUUUGUGCAACAACCAACUAUCUCAUGUGCUAUACAUCCUUCGCAAGAAAUGCAGGCACCUCUGUUCGAAAAUCCGGUGCCUGUUAUGGCGGCGCCCGAGGCCCAAAGUUGUCAUCAGGAGAUUUGGGAAGUUGAAUGUGAAGUACUCUCAGCCCAAAGAAAAACCAACCACCACCUCUACGACUCAUCUAGUGGGUGGUGUUGGUGCUCUGCGAACAGGAAGGCCUAUACGCAUUGCCACGUUCAAUGUUGCCAUGUUUUCACUUGCACCGGCUGUCCCAAAGGCAGAGAAAUCAGUUGUUUACAUUCAUGAAAGUGAGACAAAGUCUGCUGUUGAAAAUCAGCCCAAGAGCAUACUGAAACAGAGUCCCCUGCAUCCCCUGAUCAAGCCCAAACUCAAAGUUUCGAUCAAUCUUCCCGACAAUGAAAUCUCAUUGGCACAGAAUAAGGUUGUCAGUUUUGUGGGUGAUGAUGGUGAUCACACUAUUAACAGAGGCCAUGGUCCAAUGAGAUCACCCGUGUGCUUCCCUGCUGGGAUGUUUAGUUACAUGAACGACGAGUUUGCCAGAGGCAGCAGCAGAACCAUUCUUGAUGUGCUGAGAGAGGUUGAUGCUGAUAUAUUGGCUCUGCAGGAUGUGAAGGCAGAGGAGGAAAAGAAGAUGAAGCCUCUGUCGGAUUUGGCACGCGCGUUGGAGAUGAAUUAUGUGUUUGCGGAGAGCUGGGCACCGGAGUAUGGGAAUGCAAUCUUGUCCAAAUGGCCGAUCAAGCGAUGGAGAGUUCAGAAAAUUUUCGAUGAUCAAGAUUUCAGGAAUGUGUUGAGGGCUACAAUUGAUGUGCCAUACAUGGGAGAAGUUAACUUCCAUUGCACCCAACUUGAUCAUCUAAAUGAGAAUUGGAGGAUGAAGCAGAUUAAUGCAAUAAUCCAAUCAAAUGAUGGUCCCAAUAUCUUGGCAGGUGGGUUAAAUUCACUAGAUGGAUCAGAUUACUCAUCAGAGAGAUGGACUGACAUUGUCAAGUAUUACGAGGAGGUAGGAAAGCCAACACCAAAGGUUGAGGUCAUGAAGUUUUUGAAUGGAAAAGGGUACAUCGAUGCAAAGGACUCUGCAGGGGAAUAUGAACCGGUUGUCAUCAUUGCCAAAGGCCAAAAUGUGCAGGGGACAUGCAAGUAUGGAACUAGGGUGGAUUAUGUUAUGGCUUCUCCGGAUUUACCUUUCAAGUUCGUGCCAGGAUCAUACUCAGUCAUUUCAUCCAAGGGCACUUCCGAUCAUCACAUAGUUAAGGUUGAAAUUGCAAAAACGGUUGAAAGUGCUCUAGAGCAUAGCAGACGAAAACACAAAGUGAAACAAAAGUUUGUGAGAAUGACAAACUCUUGUUCUUCAAGAGGAAUUUGGCGGAUAGGGACUUGAUUUCUUCUCCAAUAAUUUAAUCUUUCACUUUUUUUUCGGUUAUACUAUCGCGGUAUGCACAACAUGGUGGGCGUAAUUAGAAAUAAAUUAAGUAAAUCAAUAUUUAAUUUUUAUCAUGAAAUGGGAUAAAUUGAUGUAUUAUGUGUAUUUGGUUUUUCUUUUUGUGUUACGAGGACCAUAGGCUCAGUAUACUGCUUCAUUUUUUGUAUUCCGGUUAUUGAAAUAGGGGCAAACAAUUAUUGAUAUCAAACUCUUUUUAUUCUUUGAUUGGAUCAUAAAUAGGGCUCAUAUUACCCAAAACAAAUAGUAAUAGUAAUCAGCAAAAGCAAAGCAAGACACAUUACCUCAUCAAUUCAUAUAUUAUACAGUAUUAAUGUAUAAUAUCACACACUAUACAUAUUGAAACAUCACUGAUUAUUUCAUAAAAA